ACAUGAGGGGGCAGCGCGGCCGCUCGCUCUGCCCCGGCGCCCGCCCGCCCGCCUGCCUCCGUCCUCUCGCCGCCUCGCUGCAGCCCGGGCUCUGCUGAGGCAGAGCGCGGAUCAGGUUCCCUGCCUCCCGUAUAAAAAUCUCGGCGAGGAAUCUCCGGCGGGAGAGAGAGGAGAGAGGGGGCGCGGGAGGAGCGGGGCGUGAGGCGGCGGCCGGCGAGCCCGUCCGUGGGGAAGCGAAGGGACGCGCUGCGGCGGCAGUAGCAGCAGCAGCCGCUGCUCCUCCUCACCGGGGACGCCCGCGGCUCGCCCCUCUCAGCUGCGGGAGAAGAGCUUGUUGCCGCCCGAAUGCAUGAGGCUUGAGGAGAAAUCCUAUCACAAAUCUACCUGGAGUCUCUGGAUUCUUUACUGCACACAGAGUUCAGGCUUUCCCUUGCUCUCCAUGGGGAAAAAAGAAGAAGAAAAAAAAAAAAAACUAUCACUGACAGCAAACCGGGUUAAAAAGGCAAGAGAUGAAAUAAAUAUACCUUAUGCUCCCUUGGAUGUAAGGACAAGUGGGUGGAGCAUCAGACUGCAAGGGAGAUCAGAAGCAGAGCUCCUUCAAAGGCAAUUCUUCAGGCAGAAUGCAACAACAGCAACGUCGAAUGUUCACAGCUGCCCUCCUGGCACUUGUUUUCAUUCUGGCAGCUGUGAGUACCACCGAGGCUGGCAAAAAAGAGAAACCAGAGAAAAAGGCGAAGAAGUCUGACUGUGGGGAAUGGCAGUGGAGCGUCUGCGUGCCCACCAGCGGUGACUGUGGCCUGGGGACGCGUGAGGGCACUCGCACUGGAGCUGAGUGCAAACAAACCACCAAGACUCAGAAGUGUAAGAUUCCCUGCAACUGGAAGAAGCAAUUUGGAGCAGAGUGCAAAUACCAGUUCCAGGCCUGGGGAGAAUGUGACUUGAAUACUGCCUUGAAGACUCGAACCGGGAACCUAAAGAGAGCCCUUCAUAAUGCUGACUGCCAGAAGACUGUCACAAUCUCAAAGCCCUGUGGGAAACUUACCAAACCCAAACCUCAAGAAUCCAAGAAGAAGAAAAAGGAAGGCAAGAAACAAGAGAAGAUGCUGGAUUAAUGGAGCCAACUUGGGCAAUGUGAGAAAAGGACAUCAGCAAACACGAUCAGUUAACAGUUUCAUUUAUACCUAGGCAUUUUAUCCUAAAAUUAUUUAUAGCUUAAUGGUACCAUAGAAGGAAACAAACAAACAAACAGAAAAAAAAAACUUUUUUUAUUACUUUAGUAUUUUUAACGUAUAACCCUAACAACAAUUUUUAGAGGCCUGUAAUAAGGACUCCAAACUCAUUUAGAAAAUUACGCCUAUUGUAUAUUGAACAAUGUAGAGGUUUUAAAAAUAUUUUUUUCUGAAGUCUUGCCAUAGGUCUCAAUCUGGUAAUUACUCCAUGCAAGCAGAACCUGAACCUGUGUGGAGCUCUGCUGAAGCCAGUGGUGCCCUGUGUGAACACAGGAGUCUGGCUGGAUGCAAUUAUAUUUAAGAUUGGGACCUUAUAUCUGGAAAAAAACGCAGUUGUUUCUGAAGUUCUUAUUACAUCUGGAUAACUGUAUGAAAUUAUUUGUUUAAGGAAAGGAUGGGGGCAUUUUGUUGAGUAUUUACAGGCGUAGAAUUUUUUUGGAUGUGUGGUGAAUGUUCAUUCCAAAAUGCCACCAUCUCCAGGUAAAAACCAGUAGCACUCCUAUCCUUGGCCAUAUUUUGGAUGUUGGCAGUAAAAAUUCUGAAAUCUUUCAACUGCUGAACAUAGAAGAGUCCUAAUUUUUCGUGAUUUUCUAGCAAUGAUUUUUCCAAGUGGAAUGAUAGCAAAACUUUCCAUUUUUUAGCAUAUCAGCGCUGUGGAUGGUAGUGUCCUCUGUUUUACCUAUAAAAAGCUGAAAAAUGCUUUCUUUUAUUUGUUUGUUUUGCCAGAAGGGAGAAUAUCCUUUUCACAGAAAUCUAGUUGAAAUUGUUGUGAUUCUGCCUGACCCAACUCCCUUUUGUAUCAGUGGGAAUCUUCCUGUUGAUUUUAAUUAUAGCUGAUUGAAAAAUAGUAUGUCUAGUGGGAAGUAACAAAAGAAAUCUGUUUGGAAGCUGCCUGAGAUAGUUCAUAUUUCUGACAAAAAAGGGACAAUUUGUGGGACUUGAAACCAAUAGGAAUUAAAUUAAUUUUUGUUUCUGUGUUAGUAGAGCAGAAGGGAAAUAUAAAACCAGUACCUUUUGCUUUCUUCCAUUUUUUAUAAGCAAAAAGACCUUGCAAAAACUGUCAAAACAGUUCUGUAACUUUUUUUUUUUUUAAAUGGUCUGCAGGGAAAAAAAAAAAGAAAAAUUUUAAACAGCUGGUUUUAAGUUUGUUCAGUUUUCCCUAUUUUAAAUGAUAGUAAGUCCUGACAAAAGUCACAAAGUAGCAAAAAGAUCUGACAAAGGGCUGGUCUGUCCCUAGGUGAAGGGUUCUUUAACAAACUAAACAACCAGCAGACCAGACUUUCUAGAGGAAACAUAAGGGAUUUCAGUGCCCAAAUUAAUUUCAAAAUCAUUGCUUUUAAAUUCUAAAUCUUAAAAUUCAACAGCAAGAGGCAAGGUUUGUCAUUUGUGUAGGCUGCAGGCUUGCCUGCUGUUUGAGAGGAAUAGUCUCCCUUGUACUGCUGCGGGUACCCACUGACUUCAGCGAAGCUGCAGCAGGGUGUGUUCAUCUGAGUAAAUCACAUUGCUCUCUUGGGAUUAGCUUGUAGACAAGCAGAGAGUCUUCUUCCAGACUAACAUCACUCCUGUAUUCUAUACAAAAAAUUUAUAACAAUUGCAGAGCUUGCCCUCUUUUUUCUCAUAUGGAGGGUAUGGCUGAUCUGAACUCACAGCGAGGCAAGUCCUUCUGUAGAUGUUCCCAAACCCUUUGAAGCCAGCUAGCCAAGGCUGCACAUAGCUCAAGGUAGACUAGCCACACAAUUAUUUCCCAGACUCCUUGGGUGUGUUUUGCAGUCUGUGUUGAUGUCCUUGUUACUUUGACUACGCUGUUAGACAUACCUGAGCCAGUGGUAUAGUUAAAAAUGUCCCCAACAUGUGGUGGAUGUGCAAUGACCAAAUCCAAAAUAAUAAAAGCUCAUAUUCGGGUGGUUCUGGGUGCUAUUUGGGGUGUUCAUGGUCUAAUCAGUUCUACCUGUGCUUGUGCCUCAGACUAAGCUAACAGAUUGGUAGGUCUGAUUGAAAGCAAAGGGAGAAAGCUUUUUCACUCACCAAAGGUUUAUCUGUCUAAAUGCUGCAUCAGUUCACUUAAAGUGGUUCAGCUUUGAGUGCAAACACUGUUGCACCAUUGUCUUACACUGGUUAAUCUAGUCCAUGUAUAGUAGGGAGCUGGCAGGAGUUGGGAGUGAUGCUGAGACCAACAGUUUGACUAUUCUUUAGCAAACCUUAGAUGUGACUUCUGAUUUCCACCUCUGUGAGUAAGAAGAAAAUAAAUUCCCCUGUGUUUCCUCUGACACCUUAUGGCCCUUAUAAUUAACUUCCCAUCUGGCUUGUUAAAGGAACAUUCCUAAUAGUUUUUGAAGGAGGCCAGUCAAGUUCCUGUGGUGGUGUAGGGCCUCCAUGGAGAGAGUUUACAGAAAACAAACAAACAAACAAAUACCAUGUUAGGACCAGAAGAAAGCUCAGCAGUCCUGGUAGCAAAGGGCGUGAAAUAGGAGAACACUUCCUCUGUACUACUCAGCCACAUAUGUUUGGAUCUAUAUUGGCAUCUUAUUGUUGACAGUAAUUGGAGUUGUAUCUGUCAUAGUUUAUAAACAAUGAAGAAAAUUUCCAAGAAACCAGCAGAAAACAUUCUGUGGAAACUCUGGCUGUGAAGGAGAUGAUAAAAGUAAUUCAUGGCAGAACAGAGGAAGACUGAAUAGAAUUGGUCAGUCAAGUCAGCUCUGAAAGGAGAUACCUGGUACCUAAUAAGAGCAGUUUCUUCACUAGUGACAUUAUCAAGAAAGCAAGAGGCAAGUAUCUGAACAAAACCUCUUCCCACCCUAUCUUGCUCAGUUUCCACUUGAGUCAUUCUGGAUUUUCUCCUUAUUUGCUUUCUAAUCUGCUACCCUCCCUCCUUUGGGAGGGCAAGCUUGUCUGACAGUGCUGUGGGGGCGGCUGCUUCAGAUGAAAUAUGUGUUUUGCCCUCUUGGUGCUAUCCUGUUACAAUGGAAAAUGACUUAGCAUAGAUGUGUUGCUUAGCUAGCUUAACCAACUGAAGCUUGUUUCAUGAAUGUCCCUCUCGAGAAGUGGUUUCCAUCUUCAUUUGCUACAGCUAUGAUAUGGUAUGGGGAGAUGAUCGAAAUCCCCCAAAUGACAGCCUUUUUCUGAGCACUCAAAUCCCUUAGAAAAGAGAGGGGUGAGUUGCUGAACAUCAGCUAAGGGUGAAUUGGCAUCCAGACUCUGGAUUCUAGCAAGUUUAAACGUAGGGGAAUUUGGAUAUAGCUCCCUUCCCUUCCUCUAAGUAGGCUGACCCAUGCUUCUAAGCAGUUAGGCCUGUCUAUAUCUUCAUUCAAAACAAUAUUUGAGGUUUGUGGCAUUUUCUGACUUUGUCAUGUCUCUGACAGAAGUGCCCGUAUUGAAGGAGAAUCAUUGCUUGUCAGCCUGGCAUAUUUAACAGACCAUUAAGUGCAGCAAAACUAUAGGGCAAGGCUUUGGGAAGGGAAAACAUUUGUUGUACAUGCAGGUAGAUACUGAGUUGUAACUUACUGAUUCUCAUCUUCUAAUUCCAUAAUGACAUUCUGGACUGUACUGUUUUUCAAAGGACAAAAAUCAGAAAAAAUUAAAGAGUAAUAAUUAUAAAACAUAUCAACAGACAGUGUUGGAGACUUUGUAAAGAAGAGACAGGUAUGAAGUCAGGAGGAUUUUAUACAAACUUCUUUUGCGUGCUCCUUGAGUAGGGAAGACAGGGUUACUGGCUGGCACAUUUGUUUUUAUGCUUUGCUAGAUUUGUGCCUUAAUGAAAACUAAUCAAAUGUGGAACGUUACAGAGAAGUAAAGUCCCACUCCAACCUCAAAAGAACAUGUCCAACAGGAGGCAGUGUCAAAAGGAGACAACAGUAUGUCUGUCUUUUCUGGUUUAGGAGUGCAAGUUAUGAUGAUGUAGAUAGGAGAAGACAUAACAUGUUUUUUUAACUUUGGUGUAUAUCCUUCACCAGUUGGCAUGUGGCAACGGACAAUUCAAGUAAAACAACGGAGCAUUAGGAUGAACUAAGGGGAAGUGAAUACUUAUGGAAACUGUUUAUGGAAACAGGCCUAUAAAACCCCUGAAACUAACCGUGCUGCUAGCAGGGAGCAUCUGAAGUUAAACACUGUGUAGCAUUCCCAUUUGUUUAAUGAAACCCCUUAUAUAUAUGAUGAACUGAGUUUCCUUAGUCUAAUGGCAGUGAUGAGGGUGGGACAAAAGCCAACCUGACUUUCCCUCAGUCUAGGAACUACAACAACAUUAACAAUAUAAACAUGCCACUUUUCUAAAGCAAAAUAUUGGUGAGGUACACCAUUUUGACAUGACACAGUAGUCUUUCAGAUCUCCCAAAUUCUUAUAGGAAGGUGAAGCAAUAUGUCAGUGGGGGUAGACUUCAGCAUUGUUUAGUUUUGAUCCAAAAGCACACAAAGUUUUCUACUGCUAUGAACAAGCCUACCUAGACCUGUUCCCAUUCUGCUACUCUUCAAAAAUGGCAGUCUGCCCUGAGGCCUCAUCACUCUGCCCUGAGCAGAAAUGAGAUAUUUCAAGGAAAACAUGGGAAUUCAAGUAUAUUCAACUAUCAUUAUCUCAUCGGUGGGGCUGUGCAAUCCUUUUGCUCUUUCUGCAGUUUGCCAUUUAAAUGUGGAGUGUCUUGCCAUCCCAGACAGCUAAAAACUCAGUAGGUAUCUCCUAGUCUUUAAAUCCCUGCGCUUUGAAUGAGUUGCCUAUGAAAAAACCGUACUUGCAGUACUUAUUCCUUUCUUACAAAAAACACAAUAACAAACAAAACCCACAACAAAACUGAAAGCAUGUGUCCAAUGUAUGAAUUUACUGAUGAGAUAAAACAGAGGCUCCCAAGUAUUCCCGUUUCAGAAGGUCGUUCAAAGUUAAAGACUGUACAAAAGCUUUAGCCCUGAAUUCUGUGACGUAAUGCUAGGAAAAUGGAUAGCCUCUGCAGGGCUGUCUUACCAUAGCCAAUUUCAUUCAAUUAAUUACACUGUUUGAAUUCCCUCACCCUAAUCUACCUGGCAACAAGACAUUAUUUAACUUUUCUCAUUAGGUCAUUCAUUACACUUCCCAUAUUAUAAUUACGUAGUUCAUCUAGAUUUUUACAGUUGAAGGAAAUGGCUGUGAUAAUCCAGAGUGUGUGUGUUGUGGUUGCUGAGGGGACCUGAAGCAGAGGCAGGCUACUGCUGCUGCAGCUUGGAGCUAGAAACCACCGAAUGAGGGUGUCGGCAUCAGACACAGCAGCUCUCUAAAUAUACAUGCGUAUAUAUAUAUAUAUAUAUCUCCAAGCAAAGACGUGUAUAAAAGUGUAUCCGUAACUUAAAAUGUGUCUCAUAACUAGCGCUGCCAUGUUUUCAAGCUAAAGUAGAAGAGAAAGAGCUUUUUGUCCUGUGUUGUUAUUUACACAAGGAUACAAAAGUGGUAUAUAGGAUGAAGAGCUAGGUUUUUUUCCCACUUACCAGCCUAUCAGUUGAAGGGUAGCUGUGUCCAAGGAAAAUGCAAAACACAUGCCAAUGAAAUGGCCAAUAAGACUUAGUAUCAGAGUGGUGUUCUCUUCUGUCACACCAAGUACACAGAAGGGCUUUGUUCAAAGCUUCGAAGUGGAUGAACUGCUUCAGUUAGGUGUGAACAUAGAAGCCCAGGCAGAAAAAGGCUUUUUCUUUGCCAAUAAAAAGUGAGGAAAAUGGGAAAAAAAGAUUGAAAAAACAAAGUAAAACAGAAAUCUUAAUUGCAGUUUGGGUGUUAAACAGAAAGAAGGAAUGAAAGUCAAAAUAACAAAUUAAAGCCUGAAUAUCAUGUUCAAUGGAUUUCUAAUUCUGUAUAUAUCUAUUAAACCAGUGCUAUAUGAUAUCUUCUCAUGGGUUACUCUCUUUUUCCUGUUCCUUUUUUUUUCAGUUUGUAUAUUGAUUUUGUAAGCUAGCAGUGUGUUACCUUUUCGAUUUUUUUAAACUUGUAUGAAAGCCAUAUAUCCAUAUUGUAGAAUGAAAGCAUUAAUCCUGUAACAUCCCUUAAUGUUUCCCUUAGCUCUGUGGGAUUGUGGGAGGCUCUAGCGAAUGUAUAUGUUUACCAAUUGUAUCAACAUAAUUUACUUGCUCUUAGUGGCGAUAAAGAAUUAAAUAAACUAAUACACAGAA